CUUCCUCGCUCCUCGCCAAUCGGUGCCGGUGUCUCUGGAACCCUCCUUCCUCCCCCCAAACCCCUACGUCCGGUGCCUCCGGUCCUUUCUCCUCAAAAGGCAGGCGAAAAAUUCGCGCGGGCGAUCGGCGAAGGGAUGGCGGCGGCAGAGGGGGAGGCGAGCCGGCUGUUCCGCGUCCGGCGCACGGUGAUGCAGAUGCUGCGGGACCGCGGGUACCUGGUGGUGGACGCCGACGUCGACAUGACCAUGGGCGAGUUCGUCGGGCGCUACGGCGACCCCGUGCGCCGCGACGACCUCGUCAUCAACCGCGCCAAGAAGGACAAGCCCGACGAACAGAUCUACGUCUUCUUCCCGAACGAGCCCAAGCCCGGCAUGAAGACGGUCAAGAGCUACGCCGAGAAGAUGAAGCAGGAGAACGUCAACAAUGGCAUACUCGUGGUGCAGCAGGCGCUGACCGCCUUUGCCCGGAACGCGGUGCUCGGGUUAUCGCAGGAGAAGGAGAAACUGAUGCUCGAGGUCUUCCAGGAAGGGGAGCUUCUUAUAAACAUUAAGAAUCACGAUCUGGUUCCUGAGCACGUGCUCCUCACAAAGGAGCAGAAGAAGACGCUGUUGGAGAAAUACACUGUGAAAGAAACUCAGCUCCCUCGGAUUCAAAUCACGGAUCCAAUAGCAAGAUACUAUGGCAUGAGGCGUGGACAGGUCGUGAAGAUCACCAGGCCCAGCGAGACUGCUGGAAAAUAUGUGACGUAUCGCUAUGUUGUCUGAGCUCGAGAGCGUAUCUGGUGCGCCGGGGCAAUUGGUGCUACCCGAAAUAACUCUUUGCUACCCGAAAUAGUCGGUCUGUUUCAGGGUUCAGUUUAGUGCUCUUGUAUUUAGCUAAAUAUAUAUAAAUGGUAUGACCAUUUAAUCUGGUACGGUUGUUUGUUUGACGAGCAAAGCAAAGCUUGCAGCAUGAGGUUCC